AUUUUUUAAAAUGGAUAAUAACAGUAUGCAAGGAUCUCCAAACGAGGAUUAUAAGGCACGGGCAUCUUCAAAUGUACCUGAGAUGGAAUGACAAUCAGAGUUUCUUAAAAAUCUCAAAAAGAGGCAUAAUACUCAAGCACCAAAUAUGGAGGGAAUUUCAACUAGUUCAAUUCAUGAAGAAAUGCAUGGAGCCCAGACUUCAUCUAGGUUUGAUUUUCCUUCUCAAAAUUUUUCUCAACAUUUGGGAAACAGCCAAACAAUGCCACAAAAUUUUGGAGAAAAUCAGUCUGUCUCUCAAAGUAUGAGUGGACACCAAGCUAUACCCCAAAGUUUCCAGAAUAAUCAGCCUUUAAAUACCAAUCAAUAUACUCCAUUUGGAGGCCCUCAGAGUCAAAAUAUGAAUACAGACUUAUCCCAAAUCGGAAUGACUCAACCCGGGGUACAGCUAGACAACAACAUAAUCCUCCAAGCCAUCAACGUUCUGAACAUGGCUAAACAAAUGGGCCUUAACCUAGACCAGACCCAGCCUCUCUCCCAGCCCCAAGUCCCCUUCCAAAUGUCUUCAUUCCCACCUCAAGCCCAGCCUAAUCCAAACUCCUCACACCAAAACUCCUCGAGGCAUUCUCAAAAUCCUGAUCCAGCACCGUAUAUGCCUCAGGCAAACUCUAAUGCUGAACUUAAAUUAGUUUAAUGA